AUGUCGAACGACAAGAUCCUCUACAUGGGCUGCUGCGAAUGGUACCAAGGGUCGACGAUGCAUGUGCUGAUGAGGAGCGAGACGAGAAAAUAUGGCGAAAGCACGUCCAUGACUGGCCGUCUGACGCAAGCUGCAAAACAACUUGCCGUCAACCACAGCAUCCCUUCGUCCGACUUGCAAGACCCGACUCGACCGGUCAUGUCAAAGCUAGCGUUGGUCCUCUUCCGUAUCCACAGCCGUCGAUUCUGA